UUUUGUCCCUCUUUAGUUUCACUUCUAUGUGUUCUCUUAUUAAAUAAAUUACCCAUUCUGUUUUAGAUAUAUUAAUUUUAGUUGCAAAUAAAGCUAGGGCUUGAAUGCUAACUAAUUUAGGCAUGUCCAUGUCCGUGCCGCUCGAGUAGCAGUUGUUAACAGGAGGAUGCAUUGUCAAUUAUAGGGUAAAACUUAUUUCCAUAUGUUGGUGAAAGGAAAACUCUUAAGAGUAUUUGAGAUAAUGAUCCUAAAUUAAAGCGUUGAAGUUAGCAUUGCUAGAAAGGAAUAACCUUGAGGGGGAAGAAAUUUGUGGGAAGACCACAUACUUUGUCCGGAGAAGAAAGAUGGUUCAUCCGCACAAUGAAGCAUGUGACAUGUGCACCCGCACGUGCAUGUUGAUACAUGGACAUAGAGAUCCCUCACCAAUUGUUAGUUCUUUCUUCAAAGUCAUGAUCGACAAGCGCUUCUCCAAAGUUCUGGCCCACAAGGUAGAUGUCACUCAAACUACUUUGAGCUGAUUAUUGUGAGCAACUGUGAAAACAAUGCAACAGGAGCUAUGACGAUACUUUCUUGAUGGUUCUUAUAUUUUCAGUUGAUUUAAGCAAAUCUUUGGUGGAUGUUGGAUUUAAUUCGGUGCUCUAUCUGUGAGUGCUAUGUUGGUACUUUCAUUUAGCAGCAUCAUACAUCGAAGCAAAUAAAGGUCUCAAAGUUGCAGAUUUAAAAAGUAGCUCUGUCCCUGAAUCCUUACUGCAAGAACUAUCAAAUCAUGGGUUUAUAUUUCUCCAUGGGAAAAGCAGUGAACCUCCCUAAGCGUGAAUGCCAUCAAGGCUAAGGUUCCUAGUGUCGUCGUCUGUGAAAUGUUUUCAAGAAUAAAUGACUUCAGUUAAAUUCAUAUUUCAUGAUUCAAUUUCAGCUUAUAAAUAUCAUGUUAAUUUA